GGCGCGCAUCCACACCGCACACGGUAGGCGGCGUCAGUCCGGAAAGCGACAUCCUUCUGAGCUCACUUCCGUGGCUUGAGUCGGAUAGUCUCUCAGUCUCUCGCCGCUUUUGUUCUCUCAUUUCCACCUAGACAGCGCUGCCGAAAAGGGGGAAUCAGGCUGGGAAAGCACAAACACGCAAAGUAUCGGACCCGACUGUCGCAGAAACGUCCGGUAGCCACAUGCACAUCGCCGUCUGCGCAGAGGACUCGCGGCACUCUGUAGUUACAUAAGUGGACUACUUUUUUCUAUUACUGUAAUUUUUUCCUGUUUUGUUACAUCGAACCUGACUUCCACCUCUCUAAACUCAAAAUGGAGAACGACGACAAAUACCUUCCCGAGCUGCUGGCGGAGAAGGACAGCCUGGACUCGUCGUUUACACACGCCAUGAAACUUUUAACCGCAGAAAUUGAUAGAAUCCAGAAAGGCGAGACUAAAAAGGAGGCAGAAACAUACCUGGACCUUUUCACAACAAAGAACAUCAAACUUAAGGAGCGAGUGCUCAUACCUGUCAAACAGUACCCGAAGUUCAAUUUCGUGGGGAAGAUUUUGGGACCUCAGGGCAAUACAAUCAAACGUCUGCAGGAAGAGACUGGAGCCAAGAUCUCUGUGCUGGGCAAAGGAUCCAUGAGAGACAAAUCCAAGGAGGAGGGGCUGAGGAAAGGUGGCGAGCCCAAGUAUGCCCACUUGUCCAUGGAGCUGCACGUAUUCAUCGAGGUGUUUGCCCCCGUGCCCGAGGCUUACCUGCGCAUGGCACAUGCCAUGGAGGAGGUCAAGAAGUUCCUGUUUCCUGAUAUGAUGGAUGAUAUCUGCCAAGAGCAGUUCAUGGAGAUGGGCUACCUGAACGGAGGCCAGGAGCACGGAGCCCGAGGCCGAGGAGGUCUGCCGGUCAGGGGCCGUGGAAUCCCUCCUGCUGGAGGACACAGGGGUAGGGGAAUGCCUCCUCGUGGUGUAGCAGCCAGAGGUGGUGUGACCAGAGGUGGUGCAGUAAGAGGUGCCCCAGCAGGCCGAGGAGGACCCCCUGCAGCACCUGCUAGGGGAGCAGCAGCCCCCCGCGCCAGGCCCCCAGCUGCUGGGCCUCCCCAGAGGAUGGCGCCACCCCCCCACCAGCACACCCCUGCUGCAGCUGCUGAGAGCUAUGAUGAAUAUGGCUACGAUGAGAGCUAUACAGACACAGCCUACGAGCCAUACGACAGCUAUUACAGUCAGCCACAGGCAGAGCCAGAAUACUAUGACUACGGACACGGAGAAACCACAGAGUCAUAUGAGUCAUAUGGCCAAGAUGACUGGAAUGGGACCCAGCGAACAGUUCCAGGGAAGGCCCCUCCCCCCUCCAGAGGUGCCAAGACGCCUUACCGGGAGCACCCGUACAGACAGUACUGAAGCGGACUCGCCACCCUUAACGUGUUGCCCUGCCUACUGCCUGUCUACCACGGCAGCUCUCGCUUUAAGCAGCCUGACAAAAAGUAAUUGUCCGUUUUGUCUUUGGUUUAGUCUUUUCCUACACUGGACAUUAUAUAAGAGAACAAAUUGGGAACUGAAAAUCGGAACUGCUUUUUGACAUUUGACCACGAACUCCCUACCCCACCCCUACUUUGUUGCUCCAACCAACCACCUGUCCAUCCAUCCAACCAUCUAAAGUGGCUUAUAGAUGGGUUAGAGAGGAGAAGUUGGUGUCCUUUUUUGUUGUUUUUACUUUGAGUUUUUCUUUAUUUUGCUGUGUUUUUCUUCUCUGACCCUUUUUACCCCCCUCCGGCUUUUUUGCAGUGUUGACCAUAAAUUUUUUUAACUGUUUGAAAAUUAUCAUUUUAAGUGGAAUUAGUGGCUCAUUAUCCACUUGUCUAAGGAAGCCAUCUUAAUUGUUUUUAAAUACAAAGAAUCUGUUGAGGGUCAGUUGCAGAUUCCCAUUUAGGCUACAUUUCAAAAUUCUGUUAAUAUAGCAAAAUAAAAGACCUUUUAAACUUUCAAUUAUGUAAUUUAGAAACAAGCAAAAAAAAAAAGAAAUCUUAAAUUAAGUGAAGGUUAAAGAAUCUAUUUUAAUGGAAUCUGUUCAAUUCAUUCUUGGUGAUGGUUUGUUUUUAAAUAGUUCUAAAAACGUUGUCCAUUUAGACUUAGGAACCAAUAUUUGUUAUUGUACUUAGAGUUUUGAAAUAUAGCCCUAAUAGACACUGUUGAGAUGGACUGUCCUCAUAUCCUCAAUUUGCUCUACAUGUUAAAAAUUAAUUUUGAGAACACGGCCGAGGGACGGCCUCCUGUUAUGCAAAAAAACGUUCAGGUCUUCAUUUUGUGAUCUGAUUCUCUAUAAACUGCAUGCACAAAAUACACAGAAGGAUUGGGACAAAAAUCUCCACAUGGGUCUUCUCUUUCUAUAGAGAAGGGAUCCUGCAGCUCAAUCCGAACUCUUGUACAUAUUUUAAAACAUCCUAACUGUACUUAUUCUGCCACUAGUAUCUGUACCCUCUCCAUAAAAUGCAUUAUGCUACAUGUGUAAGCUUGCCUAAAUAGGUUACUAAAUUUGUCCAAAAGAUGUUUUGCAGCAGUUUGUCAAUAAAGCUUAGUUUGUUUUUUAUGAAACUUA